UAAUCACAGCUACAUAAAAAACUCAAAAUCUAAAAUGUUUCAUAAAUAACCACACGCUAACAGACACCGAUCUUUCUCUCACUAAAACCCUCAAUUUCUUCUCUCUCUACACUCACACACCCACCAAAUCACUCCCCCAAAUUUGUGUUUCCAGUUCCACCAUGUUUCGCCACUGAAUUCGAGUUUCUUGAUCCGUUUUUCAGGGUUUGUGAGGAUGAAAUUGAGAUCAAAUAGGGUUUUCAAAAGGGAAAAACCCAAAAUUAAUUUAUGUAUCAAGAAUAUCAAGAAUCAAAGUUUUUCGGAAAGGCAGUUAUCGUUGCGCUCUAGUAAAUCAAUUUGUCGUAAAAGGGGAGCAAAUGGGGGUGAAAUUGAGCCAUGUGUUGAUGAUUGUGAUGAAAAUCUUGAAUUGGGUACGAAAGAAGCGGUAAAUAGUGACGAUAAAGGGUUGUUUUUGGGAUCGGAGGUUUUGGAUCCCGUGGAAGAUUUAGUUGUUUCCUGUCCGAAAGAAGAAACCGAGGAGGGAGAAGGAAACGAAUCAGUGUCUACGGGUGUCGGUUUUAAGGAAGAGAUAAAAUCGCCACAUGUAGUAGACUGUGAAAAUGGGUCUAAAAGUUUGGAAUCAGAAACAUUUGUUGAUGAUAUAACGAUUGUUAAUGGUGACGAUGAUACUGGAAAUGUUGAUCGUCUAGGUGAAUGUAAAGAAAUGAAGAAAGGUAAACGUGGUAGGAAAAAGAAAAACGUUAGAAAGUUAAAGAACAUCGAAAGUAACCGAGAAAAGAUUGAUGUUGUUACUGGCGUAAAUGGUUAUGACGACGCCGACGAUGAAUGUACGCUUAUGACCCUGAAACGUAAGGGGGGGAAGAAAAGGGAAAAUGUGGAGGCUUUGGGUGCUUUCGUGACUGCUGAUGGUGGAUUCAGGGCGGUGGUUCUUGGUCUAAAACAUUCGGAUGAUAUACCAAACCCGAUGCUAAAACGUCUCGGAAUGCCUCCUUCUAAGGUGCUUACAGAAGGCGAAAACACGAGACCGAAAAAGAAAUUAAAGAAGAGUGGAAAACGUUGUAAACUUCAGGGUAUGACUAGCGGUAACGCUGCGGCGGUUCUUAGUUUAGAACAAUCAGAUGAUAUUUCAAACAAGACGUUAAAGCGGCGUGGAAGGCCUCGUAAGGUGCUUACAGACGGUGAAAACAUGAGACCAAAAAAGAAACUAAAGAGGCGUGAAAUUACAUCUUUACCCUUGAAUGAGAUACCAGGAAAGAAAGUAGAACGACGUGGAAGACCGCGUAAGGUUCCACUCGAGAUUCCAGCUGGACCCAUGAACUCACGUGGAAUAGAACGUAAGUUAUACGGUGAAGGUACUACUUUUAAGAAAUUCAAAGGUCGUGGAAGACCUUCGAAAAUGGAAGCACGAACUUUAGCUACAAACGUGAUUAAAAUGAGAACAGUGAAACUCAUGUCAGUGAAAAAACGGCCCACAAUUUGUAAAAAAGAGAAAUCUGAAGAAAAUAGUGAACAAAUUCUUAACGCGGGAAAAGGGAUUAUUGGCGGAAAAAGAAGGGAAAUGCAGCAGUUAGUACGAGAUAAAAUAUCGGAAAUACUUUUGAAAUGCGGGUGGACGAUCGAUCGUAGACAAAGGCAAGAAAAAGCAUACAAGGAUGCAGUGUAUAUCGAACCUAACGGGAAGAGAUCAUACUGGUCAAUAACGGGAGCUUACGCUAGAUUAAAAACGAAAAUUGAAAAUGGUCGUGCUGACGAUAACGAAGUGUCUGCAUUUACGCCAAUACCUGAAGAAGAAAUCAGUAUACUUUUUAGAUACCCUCGUAAAGAGAGGAAAAAAUAUGAGAAAAAAAAGAACAAAGUCUUGAAGAAUGUAAAGAAGGGUAAAAUUGUCACCGACAAAAAGAAGAAGCAUGGUAAGAAGAAGUCAAAGGACGGGUCAAAGAGGAAAAUAAUAUUCAAGCCACGUGGUUUUGAAAACGGGUCGAAACAAGAUAAUGAGGGCGUAUUGGUAAUUAAGAAGCGGAAUCUUUUAUCGUGGAUGAUUGAUUCAGGUGUUAUUUCGGCUGGAACGAAGGUUCAAUACGGGAAAACUAGAAGACAAAAGAGGUCUUCUGAGGGUGUUAUUACUGGUGACGGGAUUUGUUGCGGUUGUUGUAACGAAACUAUGGGAAUAACGAAAUUUGUAGGUCAUUGUGGAGGGAGAUUUGGUUCGGUUUUUGAUAAUUUAUAUUUGGAAUCGGGCGCGUGUCUUAGAAAUUGUUUGGUGGAUUCAUGGAGGAAAGAAGAGGAAUCGGAUAUUAAUAGAUUAAACGUUGUUGAUAUUCGAGGAGAUGACCCGAAUGAUGAUACGUGUAAUAUUUGUGGAGAUGGGGGGAACUUGAUAUGUUGCGAUGGAUGCCCUUCGACUUUUCAUCAGAGCUGCCUUGACGUCGAAAAUUUUCCUUCGGGGGAUUGGAACUGCAUAUACUGCACGUGUAAAUUUUGUGGAGUGGUUUCCGUUUCUACCCCUCAAACUGAAGACUCUCAUGAUGAAGUUACCUCACAAAUGCUUUCAUGCUAUUUAUGUGAGGAAAAAUUCCACCAAUUGUGCGUACAAGAGGGCGAAGAUGUAAAUAAAGAUUUAAAUGGACUACCUUUUUGUGGAAGGAAAUGUCAGGAGCUCUUUGAGCGAUUACAGACGUAUCUUGGGGUGAAACAUGAACUCGAAGACGGAUUUUCAUGGACUCUACUUCAACGUUCCGGUAUUGACCAAGAUCUUAAUGUUCUCGACACUCAAUUAAGAGUUGAACACAAUUCCAAAUUGGCUGUUGCAUUCUCUGUAAUGGAUGAAUGUUUCAUUCCAAUUGUUGAUGAGAGAAGCGGGACCAACAUCAUCCGUAAUGUUGUAUAUAACUGUGGGUCCAACUUCAGGCGGCUGAAUUAUGCCGGCUUCUUAACAGCAGUUUUGGAAAAGGAUGAUGAAUUUAUCACAGCAGCAUCAAUACGGAUUCACGGUUAUCGGCUAGCAGAAAUGCCUUUUAUUGGUACUCGCCACAUUUAUAGACGUCAAGGAAUGUGUCGCCGGCUUUUGGAUGCAAUUGAAUCCACUCUUUCGUCUCUUGGUGUGGAAGAGCUAAUAAUUCCCGCCAUCCCCGCACUUCUGCAAACGUGGACCGAUGUGUUCGGUUUCAUGUCCCUUGACGAUACAAAGAAGCAAGCGAUGAAAUGCAUGAGCAUGAUGGUGUUUCCCGGUAUCGAAAUGCUUAAAAAACCUCUUUGCGAAAACCAGUCCGAUGACGUGAAUCAUGCUCCGUCUGCAGGGGUCGGGAAAGCGGUUAUCGAUCAUGAAGAAAAGGAAGAAACGAUUUUGUUAACAGAUGGUUGCAGCAGGCCGAAGCCAAAUGACGAAAAUAACCCUCAAGUUGAAACUACAUCAUCAAAUGCAACAGAUUGUAAGCAAACAUCUGUUGAUACAACUGGCGUUGGGAAAGAUAUUAUCCAUUGUCAACAAGCGGGAAAAGAAACCGUUCUAAUGGAUUGCAGCAGUCCGGAACCGGAUCUUGAAAAUGAUAAAUUAGCGAUUUCCCAUGGCGUUAACGGCCUUUGUGACUUGAAUCUUCCAGUAAAGGAUGUUCUUCCAUGUGAUAUAGACGGUCAAACUUCUGUUGACUCCGAGUCGUUUCCAGAUUGUGCUAUUGACCCGAGUUCUUUCGAGUCCGUGAUUUGUGAGAAUCGCGGAUCGUCAGAAUUGAAGUUAGAUGUUGAGGAGGAUGGUGUUCCUGUGGUCAAUGUCGAACCGUCUCUGUUGACUUCUAAAUUGGUUGUGAAAAACACGUUUGACUUGAAUCUGCAGCCUGCUGCAGUGGAGACUGAUGUGCAUAUUGUUAGUGAUGAUUCUGUCCACUGUGAAUCUCAAGCUUCCGUAAAGUCAUUCGAGAUAGUUGACCAGAGUGCUGGAGGUCAAACCGAUUCCAAAACCUCUGAAAGUCAACCUCUUGUCAUACGUUGACUCCAUUCCGCGAACCACAGGUAGGUUUACGGCAGUUAGAUUGACUUCAGUACUGGAUGAAAAGAUAUAAACGGUUGCAUGUUAACAUUAAUAAUCAACCACUGCCUUUCAGAUGCUUUAGACUGGCAGCUUUUUGUAGAUUUUGUUUUUGUAAAUUAAUUUUUAUUUCUAGGAUUUUUUUUUUUUAUUUUGUAAAAUUAGCGUAUGAGUUGCACAAAAUGGUUUCCAGAAUCCGGCAUAGUUUUGGAAUCCAUGAUGAUGCUAAUAUAUGAAAUACAGAGGCUGACCAUAAGGAUCUUCAUCUUAAGUAUGAUUAUGGAGAUUUUAGCUGGGAGCAACUUGCGGAAUUGUUCGUGAUGCUGACAGUUGUGUAUUCUAGAUUAGUUUGUAUGAACAUCAUAAAAAGCUUGCCCUUUUAUAAAUUUGCUUGGUUGUUCUAAAACAUUAUGGUAAUGUAGUUGUUAGUUCUCUUGAUGAUGUUCUUGUGACUUCUGUUCACAUAUGCUUACAUUGGACAUAAAUCUUUUGAUGUU